AAUGUUUAACUGCUAGACCGUAGCUUUCCAUCCUUUUAGAUAGUUAGCGACGUGUUUGUUGUUCAAGAAGGCGGAUUAACUAUGUCAUAGACUGAGACCAUACUGAAACACUUGGAAGUAUUUAUCAACACUACUGUAUCUGGCAUCAAAUUCACAUUAGCCUAGUUAAUACAUAAGACCAUCACUAGGAGAACCACAUCAGUUGGCAAACAACAAAUAUGGGGAACAGUGCAAUCAAAGCCCACUUGGAAAACUCACAGAAGACCGGGAUCUUUCAGCUCACAGGAAAAGGACUCCCUGAGUUCCCGGAGGAGCUGCAGAGGUUGACAGGAAACCUACGGACUGUCGAUUUGUCCAACAACAAGAUUGAAGUGCUACCUGCUGCCAUAGGAAACUUUCUUCAGAUGAAGAGCCUUACAUUAAACUGUAAUAAACUCACAAGUCUCCCAGAUGAAAUUGGGAAGCUGAAGAAACUAGAAACACUCUUGCUGAAUGGGAACCUAUUGACACGUCUCCCCAGCACUGUAGGACAGUUAAAAGCGCUGCGCACUCUUAGCCUGUCAGGGAACAACUUCCGUGAGUUUCCUGCCGGCCUCGGCUCCCUACGGCACCUGGACGUCCUGGACCUGUCCAAGAACCACAUCCAGGCCGUGCCUGCUGAAGUGGCAGCCCUGCAGGCCAUCGAGAUCAAUCUCAACCAGAACCAGAUUUCAGUAGUCUCUGCUGAGGUGUCUGCCUGCCAGAGACUGAAGGUGCUGAGACUGGAGGAGAACUGUCUGGAGCUUGCCUCCAUCCCUGUGUCCAUUCUCACCAGCUCGCAGGUGUCACUGCUCUCUGUGGAGGGCAACCUGUUUGAGGUGAAGAACCUGCGGGACCUGGAGGGGUAUGAUAAGUACAUGGAGCGCUUCACUGCAACUAAGAAGAAGUUUGCCUGAAGAAUAAAGAGAGUAUCCCGUGUGAACUCCACCAAAUCACCCUCCCUGAGUGGUUGUGGCUUACUGCAGUAUAUGUGUUUGGCUUCUGCGCUGCUGCAGCUACAGGCUAACGACCACGGUAGAAUGACUGACAGAGGUCGUGUUACAGGACUGCAAAUGACCACACCAGGAUACAAUGGAAGUGAACAGUGGACAAUGGUCACCUAUGAUAGUCAUACGAAUUGCAUCUUUAAUAUGUUGCUACUGAUUUCAGACCAUAACAUUGUCUUCAGAUAUUAACCUAAACGGGUUGUAAGUAAUACAGUGUCUCUACAAGCUUUCAAUUGCAUCUAAACCAGGGAUUGGCGACAGAUUCCCUUUAAUGGACCGCAAGUCAUUUUAGUGUUUUUAUAUAUACAGUACCAGUCAAAAGUUCAAGUGAAUGGGUCAGUGUGCAAACAUUUGACUGGUACUGUAUAUAAACUUAAAUCACAAGGGAUUCAGCUACGUAUUAGUUUAAACAUCCGUUUCCUACUUUUGCACAAAUAAAGAGAUGUGAUCACGAUUUAGUGUAAUCAAGUAAUGGUGUCGAAAUUGUUCUUUAUAGGUGCAGCCCCCAACAGAAAUGGCAGGAUCUAUUUGCCUACCUGUGGUCUAAAUCAUCCAAAACACUACAAUUAGGGCAGCAGACAAACCCAAAACACUACAAUUAGGGCAGCAGACAAACCCCCCAGCUCAGCGUAAUGCAGUAUAGACAAGUGCACAAGUCUAACUGUUUUGCCUGUUGGAGAGGAUAUCUUUGGAAGUACCUUCAGCAAGCAAAUGAAAAAUCCAGGACAAAGUUUGAGAAGUUUCAAUCUGACAGCUAACAUCUGUGGCUUUGUGUUGGACCGGAGCCGGGAGUUCGCUUACCAAGGCACGGAAUGUCAAAGUUGCACUGCCACUGUCAUCUUAUUCUUAUACUUUUAGAACUUAUUCAUGUACGGAGACUUGAAAUAUGCAGGCACUUUUUUUUGUGUUGUCCUGAGUGUUUGUUUUUAGUUGAAGGUUCACCAUCAACAGGCUUUUCAUACCACCCUGGACCAAAACUAUUUUGUCUGGUGCUGGGAAAGAAGAUGAGCACUCCCUUAAUAUUAAUUAAUCUAUUGGCUUUUCAAAAGCCAAGCAGACUAGUAUUAUUAUUAUAUGUUUAGCAGUGUUACUAGUAGGUCUUUAUUUGUAUUUAUGUAUUAUUUAUCACCAGUUGCUGUUUAUCACAUUGUCACUAUUUCAGUAAUUUCUCUGUAAAUAAUUUGUAUGCAUUAAAAAUGUGAUUGUAUCUGAUAAAACCCUGGAAGGUAAACAACCAUUGUGUCCAUGGAUCCUCUGGCAAGGGCCUCUACAUUUAAACCUGUUUUACUAGAUAUUACUACAGUGAUGAAAGUCUCACAAGGAGUCUUUUUUUUUAGCACUGUUGCUGUUCUUUGGUGCACCUUCUAUGAAAGGAGGAGUUGCAGUAAGCUUUCAACAGCAACAUGUACAGUCAAGUUAUUUAAAAUGUUGUGUUAUGACGUGUGAUUAAAAUUGAUUUGGUUUUAGUCUGCCAACUUUGCAAAACAUGAUAUUUAUAUAAUAAAUAUAUAAAGAGGAUAUUUUAAGAAGAUAUGUAUGAAAAAAUAUGUAUAGUCUAUAUUUUAGUUAUGUUUAUUAAUUGGUAGAAAUUUGUAUAAUUUUAUUUUCCCUUUGAAAUAUUUUAUGUAGAUCAGUAAAAUAAAGGCACAAUUAAAUCUA